AUUCUCUCAUCCUCUCUCACCUUCUCUCAGCGCUCUGUUUAGUUAGCCACACCCAAAAAGAUUCCCUGCUUCUGCUACUCACUAUUUUAUUUGUGUUCAUGUGAGGCUGUUAUUAAUUAGUAAAACACAAGACAAGCACAGAGGCAUGAGUUGCAACGGUUGCCGCGUUCUUCGAAAGGGUUGCAGUGAGUCAUGUAUUUUGCGCCCUUGCUUGCAGUGGAUGGAAACCGCUGAAGCCCAAGGCCACGCCACUGUCUUCGUAGCCAAAUUCUUUGGUCGUGCUGGUCUUAUGUCUUUCAUUUCCAACGUUCCCCAAAACCAACGACCUGCUCUGUUUCAGUCCCUGCUGUUUGAAGCGUGCGGAAGAACGGUCAACCCGGUCAACGGUGCCGUGGGCCUUCUCUGGACCGGAAACUGGCACGUGUGCCAGGCGGCGGUCGAGACUGUGCUGCGAGGCGGCACCCUCAGGCCCAUACCGGAGCUUAUGGGCCUCGAGGCUCCUGCCUCCGCCGCCGACGAGGCAUCGGAGGCCGAAGUCGCCUGCACCGACACUUGGAGGAUCCGAGAGCCCAAUCCGAACCCAAAUUUCCGGUUCACAAGUUCGCGAUCUCAUAACAAGGUCUCUUCCAGCGGGAAAAGGAAGCGAUCGGAGGAGCUCGUGAAGCUUCAGGCGGGGCCGAAUCUCGAUCUUCGUUUGACUCCGAUUUUCCUGCAAAAGGUGGAGAAGCGUCGGUCGGGCUCACCGUCGAUGACCUCGGAGGAAUCGGUUACGACGACGGCGUGCCUUGAAAGUGGGAUUGGAGAUCAGUGGGGUCACGGCGGAGACCGGAAAGUUCUCAACCUUUUCAUUUGAGGACUCUCUCUGUGUACGCGGUGUCUCAUGGUUAAUUAACGGGUCCCGCGCGUGUAGUUUGUUUUCAUGGUGUAAUAUUCCUCUAUUUAAUUGCUUACUUAUAUAUUUUGGAGAAGAGGGUUCUUCCCGGAUUUGAAAUUCGGCGAGUUUUUGUGAGACACUGGCACAGGAUUUCUCUACUGAGAAAGAUGAGGGUUCGUCGGUGAUCCCUUCUCCUUUGUUUUUCUUUUUCUUUUUAAGUUUUGUCUUUUUUUUUUUUUUUGUGCCAAACAUGAAAUAUGUAAGCAGUCCUCUGACAGUGGGACAUGAAUAUUAAAUAAAAAUAAAGACUAGAUAUUUCUUUUGUUUUUC